AUGGCCGAGCCGUCAUGGCAAGAAACGCUCCGCGUACGGCUCGUCGAGCGCAAUGCGCGCGAAGGCUCCUACGCGCCCAUCAUCGAGCAAUACCGCAGAUUGGCGCAGCAAACGAAGCUUUUGAAGGAGCGCAAUGCGUCUCUCCUCAACGCGAUGGGCAGCUCGCGCCCGAAUCCGAGCAGUUCGACCGUGUUUGUGCCAGGGACCAGCGAAGACAAUCCCGUACGCGCUGCGUACAUCGCGUCGCUCGAGUCCCAGAUCUCGUCGCUGCGCGAUGAGCUGGCCACCGUGUACAAGACGCAAGGUCAGAACGCGCAGAGGCUAUUGGCGAUGAACGAGACGCUUCGGGAGAAGGAAGAGCUGUCGCGGGUAGACGCGGAAGGCCUCAGGAAAUCUCGCGAUGAGAUUGCCCUUCUGCGCAAGAAGGUGGAUCAGCACAGCGAGUUGAUGGCGGAGAAAGACAGGACGGCCCAGAUUCUUCACGAUGAGAUUUCGACCCUUCAGCUUGAGCUGAGCCAGAUAGAAGACCGGAAUCAGACGUUGACCAAGGACAACGCGAAGCUCUUGCAGCGCUGGCUGGACGCGAAGCAGGCAGAGGCGAACCGAAUGAACGAAGCGAACCAGUUCUACGAAGAUAUGCAAUCGCGGAAACAAGCGAUUCAAGACACGAACGGGUCGGAGUCGGGAAACGGGGAUCUUCUGAACGAGGGGGGAACCACGAUGAUGACGGAUGGGAUGCCAUCUCAAACGGGGACGGACCUCAAUCUGACACCGAAUGGCUAA